AUGCCGUGCCACGGGGGACUUCUAUUGCUACCUCUCGUUUCUUACGCUCUGUUCCAAACUACCAGUCCGACUGUCUUAUUUCAUGCCAAUGAUGUCAUGAAAUUAUCCAUCAUAUCGAUCUUAAUGCAUCCAAACCGUAUAAUAUGGAACUUCAGAUUCGGUAGCCUGGGAAGGCAGAAGAAGAUGCCGCCCCCCCUCGUCAAGUCCGCUUCCGAGCCGGCCCCCAUCCAGAGCUCCCUGCCCGCCCCGCACCUCGAGGUCGGCAAGUGGCUCUCCAGGCUGGACCUCAGCCAAUACGGCCACCUCUUCGAGUCCUACAAGGGAGUAGAGGAAUUGUUGAAUUUCUCUGAAGCCCAAAUAAGGGAUUUAGGGGUGAAAAAUUCGGCCCAUCGCGCGAGUAUCGUUUCAAGUUUGGUCGCUCUGAGAAACAAAUAUGACAGAGCCGGUUGCGAUAGAAGAUCGACCACAAGAAUAGAACCUGAUCCAAUUGGAGGGAUGGUGGGAUGGUGGGAUGGUGGGAUGGAGGGACCACUCGCCGGUGGAAUUGAAUAUUUUGGGCACUACACUCUUAUGCACCUUCAUGUGAGCUCGCCCUUCCAGACUCCGUUACCUUCCUCAAUGACGAGAGUUCGCUGGAGAGCGCGGGGUGGGCCUUUGCAUAUCGAAUCGGGUUUGAUUGCCACCGCUCUAGGCAAACUUUCUUCUAGCCAGGUUAUUGCCGAAGACAAUGGGUCGAGGAGGAAGUGUGUCAUAGCAAUAUUCUUAUUCCUCCAACUCCACCGACAGUCGGACUCAGACGCCGUCAAGAAUAAUGUCGCGUCUUUAUUACUCGUGUCCGCAUGA